CUGGGUUCCAUGGAGACCUAUUGUAUCAUUCCUCAUGCUGUUUACUUGGAUCUACACAGUAGCAUUUCCCAGUGCAGAGUCAGUGUGUGAAGAGAAUGUAUUUUGCUGAGAACGCUGUCUAUUCCCCUCAGGCAUGGGAACAAGAACCUCAAAGAGUGCAGAUAAUUCAACAGCAGGUUCCUCAGCAGCCAGCGACCAUAAUCCAGCAACUCCCUGGACCACAGCCUCCUCAGAUUCCACCUGCCAGGAAUGGACAUAUGAAGGAAGAACUGGUGGAGCUGAUGAUGAUACAAAAUGCACAGAUGCACCAAGUGAUCAUGAACAACAUCACCAUGUCAGCACUCUCCAGCUUUGGGUACACCACGCAGCCACAGCCUGCCAAACAGAAUCCAAUAUCAAUCAGGAUGGAAGAGAGUGAGCCAGACACAGUUUACCACCAUCACUACGAGCCCUGGCCCUACCCUUCGUAUCCCACAUGGCCGACACUGCCACCCCAGGUCCUACCUCAGCUGUACCACCCGAUGCGACUACCGCAAGAGAACCUGCAGCCAACAGUGCGGCACAUCAGUCGAGACGGACGUCCAAAUCCCCGGAGAGAGUUUAAAGCGGUCCCUCCACCUCCACCACCCAGUGCCACAGGGACAGUGGGAGCAGACGUCCUCCCGGCCUCAGAAUAUUACGAUGCGGCUGAUGGUCAGAUAUGACAGGCUCCGGGUCCCGCUCCAAGUGGAUCCAUUCGCGAAGCACACAUCUGGCUCAAUAACCAUUGAGACCCAAGUGCCUGGCAGCUGCCGUCUCAAGCAGUGAUUCUCAUUUAAUGCCGCAAUAAAUAUGAACUU